CCUUACUUGUGCCUAUAUGUCUAAAAUAAGAACAUUUAAGAAUUGAACCGGAUAUCAAACCAAUUAAGUCUUUGAGUUAUAAUUCAACUACUUUAAACUAUUCGAGCUGUGAAAUGUGAUGACCGUGUUUACACUUUUUUCCCUUUCCUUGUGUAAAUUACAUCACUUAACGCUUCAACUUUACUUCUCUCUGAGUCAUUUUCACAAACACCUUUGCCUACAAACUUAAAAUAAUUCGGUAAUCAUACUCUUCCGCUCUAUCCAAUUUCAAAAUUGAUUUCAUUAUCUUUAUAUCAUGAUCAGAAUCAGAUCUAACUUAUCUGUUUUUUCUAUUGCUCUAUUACGCAUAAGGCAUAACGCAAUCACUGUUAAUCACUGUGAUAUAGUUCACAAGCCUCUUAUGAAUGCUUCUUUCAAUGCUUUUAAUUCUUCAAAUUAUUACACUUUUUUCGCUCCACCGAAAUUUAGUUUUUCAGUUAGGUUCUUUUCUGCUGAAUCCUCAAGUGACGAUGACUAUAAUGAAGAUGACGGUGAUGAUGAUCAUGAUAAGAAUAGUAGUCAGUUACAUUUAAGGGAUGAUGGUUUUGUCAAAGAUGUUAAGACCAUUUUGGAUAUAAUUCACAAACCGGGUUCUGGGCCCUAUGAAAUUAAGCAGAAGCUUGAGGAUUGUAAUGUUAAAGCAUCAUCGGAGUUGGUUGUGGAGGUUCUUUCGAGGGUUCGCAAUGACUGGGAAGCAGCUUUCACUUUUUUCUUGUGGGCUGGAAAGCAACCGGGGUAUGAUCAUUCGGUUCGCGAAUAUCAUUCAAUGAUAUCUGUUCUUGGUAAAAUGAGGAGGUUUGAUACUGCUUGGGCCUUAGUUGAAGAAAUGAGAAGAGGAAAAACUGGUGAAUCUAUUGUUACCCCACAAACUCUUUUGAUUAUGAUAAGGAAAUACUGCGCUGUUCAUGAUGUUGGUAGGGCUAUAAACACUUUCUACGCUUUUAAGCGGUUUAAUUUUCAAGUUGGAUUGUACGAGUUUCAAGGCCUUCUUUCUGCGCUUUGUCGGUACAAGAAUGUGCAGGAUGCUGAGCAUUUACUGUUCUGUAAUAAGAAUGUUUUCCCACUUGACACCAAAAGCUUUAACAUCAUUCUUAAUGGAUGGUGCAAUUUGAUUGUUAGCGCGCGUAAUGCAGAGAGGAUCUGGGAGGAGAUGAGUAAGAGACGAAUCCAACACGAUGUUGUCUCGUAUGCAAGUAUCAUAUCUUGCUAUUCAAAGUCUUCUAAACUUUAUAGGGUGCUCCAGCUGUUUGAACAAAUGAAGAAAAGGAAUAUCACUCCUGAUAGGAAGGUUUAUAAUGCAGUCAUUUUUUCUCUUGCGAAGAAUAGGAUGGUGAAAGAAGCUGUAAAUCUUAUUAUAAAAAUGGAAGAUAACAAUGUUACUCCGGAUGCUAUUACUUACAACUCCCUGAUCAAACCUCUCUGCAAAGCCCGCAAAAUUGAUGAAGCAAAAGAAAUUUUCAAUGUGAUGUUGGAGCGAGGCAUAUCCCCGUCCAUUCGGACUUUUCAUGCUUUCUUCCGAAUAUUAAGAGUCAAGGAAGAAGUAUUUGAGCUUUUGGACAAAAUGAAAGAGCUAGGGUGCAACCCAACUAUCGAGACAUAUAUAAUGUUGAUAAGAAAGUUUUGCCGGUGGCGCCAGCUUGAUGAAGUCAAAAGGAUAUGGAAUGCAAUGAGGGAAGAUGGAAUUGGCCAUGAUCGUAGCUCGUAUAUUGUACUGAUUCAUGGUCUGUUUCUGAAUUGUAAGGUGGAGGAAGCAUACAAAUAUUAUAUAGAGAUGCAAGAGAAAGGUUUUCUCCCUGAACCAAAGACAGAAAGUAUGCUUCAGGCAUGGCUUUCUGGGAGACAAGUAACAGACAGCCAGGCAACAGAUCUAGAACACAAUCAAUUGGAACAUGGUGGUCUUAAAAAGAGUGUCAAACCUAUACAAAGUAAAUUUGAUAGGGAAAAGGAUUUUCUUCGCGAACCCGAGACCAGAAGUGUAUCAAGAGAAGGAGGCUUUUCUUUCUGGGAGAAGUAAAUCGCUAUCCAACAAGAGGUUAAUUUGCAUUUCCUUUGUCUACGAUGAAGGCAACGCUUGUUGGUCACUAUACUUUUCAAAUUUAUUGAAUGCUCCAAACAGGUGCUUGGCAUGCACUUUUGUUAUUGUCUAUUCAGACUUCAACUGCCUUGCCUUAAACAAGAGCUGCAAGAUGGAUGCAACUUUUAAAAAAACAUAGGUUUGUUAAUUGUUACAAAAUUGGAAACUUUUGGUUAAUUUGUAGUGAUAUAGUCAUUGUACUGGUUGACCUUGGGGGUUUGUUGUAAUACAGGAGCUGAAUUUAGGUGCUUAUAUGUAACUUUAAGCGCAUCACCAAAGGUAGAAUCAGUUUAGAGUUCUUAACUUAUUUUUAGUUAGCUCUACAAUGCUUCAUCAAUACUAUGAACAUUUGCAUCUUUUCACUUUAAUGGUGCAACUCUUUAAGAGCUUAAAAA